AUGGGAAAUCAACAGAUGAAGCCGAUUCUGGCAGCAGUGCAGGCAUUGCUUAAACAGAGGAAGCUUCAUAUUCCAGAGAGGGUGCUUUGUAACUUUUUAAAGGAAGUUGAUCAUGUUGCACCGUGGUUUGUGAUCACCGGUUCCUUAACUAGGACCUUGUGGGCUAAACUCGGAGGCGACUUGCUUAGUGAAAAGGAGGGAGGAAAAUUGCACCCAGGGACAUGGCCUAUUUAUAAGAUGAUCAGAGCAUGCAUAGAGGACGAGAAAUGCCAGGAUACACUUAAGGAGGGACAGAAGGCCCUGACUGAACAUCAGGAUAGCUUAUCAGAAGCAGAAAAGGGAGGAGGCCCCGAGAGAAGGAAGCCUCCAAGGAAAAAGGAAAAGCCUAGAAAGGAGAUAAAUGAGAAACCUCGAGGGUUAUAUCCAGCCCUGGAUGAAUUUAAAAAACUAAAGAUAGAUACCUCCUCAGAGGAGACGUCCUUUGAGGAAGAAGAGAGGCAGAAACAAGAAGUAGGAGUUAGGUCAAAAAACAAAACACUAGAGUUAGACUCGGAAGAUGAGCAGGAACUAGAGAAGGAAGCAGCCAAAUAUGAGUCAGGGAGAUAUGGGCCGAAUCCGCCCUAUGCCCCAGGCGCCACGCCUUCAGCGCCGCUCUUAGAAAUGAUAGAACCUAGACAGCAUAGUAAACAGAAAAAGGGAACCAAAGAUCAAAAGAUGCAGGAAGCCCCAAAAACAGGUAGUUCCACACUAAUUCCAGAUGAGGUCAGAAAAGAGAUUAAAGCAGCUUUUCCUGUAUGGGAAGAUGCUAACCAAGUAAGACAGUAUAGUGUAUUAGAUGUAAAACAACUUAAGACUUUAGCAGAAUCAGUCCAAACCUAUGGUGUCAACGCCUCCUUCACGCAGGCGUUGGUAGAAAGACUCACCACGAGCGCCAUGACACCCGAGGAUUGGUACAAUACUGUCAAGGCAUGCUUAACUAUGGGACAAUACCUGGAUUGGAAGUCCAUAUAUCAAGAUCUCUGUGCCUCACAGGCAAGACAAAAUGCUGCUCAGCAGCAUCCACAAUGGUCUCUUGAUAUGCUUACAGGACAGGGUCAGUGGGCGGCUAAUCAGAUCAAUUACCCGGGUGAAGUCUAUGAGCAGAUUAAUAAAGCUGCCGUUAAGGCAUGGAAAAGUCUGCCCAAUAAAGGACAGGUAACAGGUAAUUUGACAAGGAUUAUACAAGGGACAAAUGAAACUUUUUCAGACUUUGUAGCAAGAAUGAUGGAAGCGGCAGGCAGAGUUUUUGGUGAUCCAGAUACGGCUAUGCCUCUCAUAGAACAAUUAGUUUAUGAGCAGUGUACGAAGGAAUAUAGAAAUGCAAUUACACCCUGGAAAGCAAAAGGGAUUAAUGCCUGGAUGAAAGCUUAUAGAGAGAUAGGAGGACCGCUUUCCAAUUCAGGACUGGCAGUGGCAGUCCUUGCUGCCCAACGUAAAUCAUCUAGGAAGUGUUACAAUUGUGGCAAGCCUGGACAUCUCCAGAAAGAAUGCAGGAAUAAGACUCAGAUAAGGAAGCCACCGGGCAUUUGCCCCAGAUGUAAUAAAGGUAAACACUGGUCCAGUGAGUGCAGGUCAGAAAAGGACAAACAAGGUAAACCUCUAAGUGAACCGUCAAAAAACGGCCCGCAGGGCCCCCAUCCCCAGGGCCCGAGAAUAUAUGGGGUCAUGAACAAACAGAGAAGGGAGAGCCCCAAAGAGCAACAACAGGGUCAGCAGGAUUAG